AAGCCUUGGUGGUUUAGGCUUUGCCACCACCUGUUUUAGUAUUAUUAUUAUUAUUGCUUUUACAAGGUAAUCCAAACUCACUAUCACACCAUCAAGAAAAAUGGCUGCACAGGCUUUGAUUUCUUCUUCAUCCAUUGCCUCUUCAGCUGAGGCUGCAAGGCAGGUUCUUGGAGCAAGGCCUCUCCAAUCUUCUUCUAGGAAGGUUUCUUUUGUUGUUAGGGCUGCCUCUACUCCCCCUGUUAAGCAAGGAACAGAUAGGCAGCUUUGGUUUGCAUCCAAGCAGAGCCUCACCUACUUGGAUGGGAGCCUUCCUGGUGACUAUGGAUUUGAUCCACUGGGACUGUCAGAUCCUGAAGGGCCUGGAGGGUUCAUAGAGCCAAGAUGGCUAGCAUAUGGGGAGGUGAUCAACGGGCGAUACGCGAUGUUGGGGGCAGUAGGAGCCAUAGCACCAGAGAUUCUUGGGAAGGCUGGUCUGAUCCCACCAGAAACAGCCCUGCCAUGGUUCAAAACUGGAGUGAUCCCCCCUGCAGGAACAUACAACUACUGGGCAGAUCCUUACACUCUAUUCGUGUUCGAGAUGGCUCUGAUGGGGUUUGCAGAGCACAGGAGAUUCCAGGACUGGGCAAACCCUGGAUCAAUGGGAAAGCAGUACUUCCUGGGGCUGGAGAAGGGGCUAGGAGGGUCAGGUGACCCAGCAUACCCUGGUGGCCCUAUCUUCAACCCCUUGGGGUUUGGCAAAGAUGAGAAAUCAUUGAAGGAUUUGAAGCUGAAAGAAGUGAAGAAUGGAAGGCUGGCUAUGCUGGCCAUUCUGGGAUACUUCAUCCAAGCUUUGGUCACUGGAGUUGGUCCCUUCCAAAACCUGCUUGAUCAUUUGGCUGAUCCUGUAAACAACAACAUCUUGACCAACCUUAAAUUCCACUAAACCAGAUACAUAUAUAUAUAUGUAUGUAUCACCAUGUGCACAUAUUGCUAUCUGCAUCCCAUCUGUAAUCAGUAAUCUCCAAGAAAAAGGAUAUGUAGCUUUGAGCACCUGUUCGUUCCUUAUUCGGUCUUAGUUGAAGCUUUCUUUCUGUUGUCAA